AUGUAUAUAAAACCAUCCCCCUCAGUUAUUAGCGAAUCAAUCUUAAUUUCUCUCAUGACUCAAACAUCUAAUAGUAAAGAUUCCCCUCCCUUCAUUUACCCACAACUUUGUCUUCUUCUUCCUCUUUACUCGCUCAAGGGAAUGCUUACACAAGUCCUGGGCAGGGCAAUUGUGGGAACCUUCCAUAUGCAUUUUGGUGGUGGGUUCUCCUCCUAAGCUGAAAUCUGCAACAGCCGCUGCAGGGAGUGCUGUGUUGGGUCCCUUUUCACAAGCUGAUUUCACCAUUAAAAGUUUUUCAGAGGGGCUUUUGAGCAAUGCUUCCUUAAUGGUUGUUGAACAUCCUUGUGGGCCAAGUCAAUAUUAAUGAGACUAGAGGUACCUCUCUUUUCUCAUCUGAAGAGGUUUGGUGGCCUCUUAAUGAAGGCUUUUUAUUGCAUUGCUUCCUAAGAUAAAAAGAGGAGGACACACACACACACACACACACACACACACACAGAGCCACAAGUAGAAUCAAGUAUCAAGAUGAGAGAGAAAGUGCCAAAAGAAGAAGAAGAAGAAGAAGAAGAAGAAGGUGGAGGAGGAGGAAGAGGUAGGGGGGGGAGGAGGAGGAGGGAUAGGGGAGGGAAGGAGGAGAAGAUGCCAACAGUCUGGUUUGCACUGAAGAAGUCCCUGCACUGCAAGUCUGGGCCAUCUGAUGUGCAUGAUCCAAAGGGCAGCAGCCAACUCACCUCCAUCCUGACCAAGAAGGGGCCGAGGUCAGGGUGCUCAAGGUCCAUAGCCAACCUCAAGGAUGUGAUCCAUGGCAGCAAAAGGCACCUGGAGAGGCCACAGAAUUGCAGCCCCAGGUCCAUUGGCAGCAGUGAGUUCCUCAACCCCAUCACCCAUGAAGUCAUUUUGAGCAAUUCCAGGUGUGAGCUGAAGAUCACAGGGUAUGGAGGAGGGGGGUUUCAUGAGGGGGAGACUGGGUUGGGUCUGGGUCUGGGUCUGAGUCUGGGUUUGGGCUCUACCUAUGUGGGUACUCUUAGGCCAGGCACACCUGGACCUGGGUGGCACCACCACCACCACCACCACCACCACCACCACCAACAACAACAACAACAGCAACAACAAAGUCCUAACCCUAACCCUAGUAGCACUACCCCUAGCCCUAACCCUAACCCUAAUCCUUCAUUUAGGAGGACAAGUACUACACCUCCAAGGAGGUCUCCUAACUUGGCUGUGGGGAGAGAAGGGUGUGGUUUUGGAGGAGGUUCACUUACAAAUGGUGUGGGUGCUCAUCAUGGCAAUUUUACACAUAGGGCCUCUCAUGAUGGCAGCUUAGCAGAGAGGUCCUCUGCGUGUGUGAGCUGCCACAAGUGUGGGGAGCAGUUUGGCAAGUGGGAGGCCUUGGAAGCUCACCAUCUCUCUAAGCAUGCAGUCACUGAGCUUGUGGAAGGAGACUCCUCGAGAAAGAUCGUCGAAAUCAUAUGCAAAACAAGCUGGCUAAAGUCCGAGAGCAACUGCGGCCGGAUCGAGCGCGUCCUAAAAGUCCACAACACUCAGAAAACACUAGGUCGGUUCGAAGAAUACCGCGAAAUGGUUAAGAUCAAAGCUAGUAAGCUCCCCAAGAAACACCCUCGAUGCCUGGCGGACGGAAACGAGCUCUUGCGGUUCUACGGGACAACGAUUUCCUGUUCUCUCGGCUCAAACGGCUCCUCUAGCCUCUGCUCAUCGGAAAAAUGCAGCAUCUGCCGAAUCAUUCAGUACGGGUUCUCGAUAAAGAAAGAAACCAAGGGAGACAUCGGGGUUUUCACGACUUCAACUAGCGGGAGAGCAUUCGAGUCGAUCGAGUUAUACGGCGACGAUCCUUCGACUAAGAAGGCGUUGUUGGUGUGUAGGGUGAUCGCGGGGCGAGUCCAUAAGCCAUUGGAAAAUUUGCAGGAGUUUGGGAUCCAAUCUGCUGGGUUUGAUUCUUUGGCAGGAAAAGUUGGUCUCUAUGCAAACAUUGAGGAGCUCUACUUGCUCAACCCAAGAGCUUUACUUCCAUGCUUUGUUGUAAUUUGUAAACCAUGAUAGAGAAAAAUCUGAAACUUUUGCUUUUCCUGUGCCCAACUUUUCUUAGCAUUGUUUCACUUUGUUGUUCCUUUAACCUUUUAUAUAUCCGCUACGAUUUCAUCGAA